AUGCAAAUGCCACCCACGUCCAGCGUCGCCGACAGCAUCACAGAAAACGCCUUCCCCACGCUGCAGAACGACCUGUACCUGCGCACGGCGCGCGGCGAGAAGACCGAGCGCGCGCCCGUCUGGUGCAUGCGCCAGGCCGGCCGGUACCUGCCGGAAUUCCGGGCAAUCCGCGUCGAGAACGAGUUUUUCAAAGUGUGCCGGACGCCGGCGCUGGCCACCGAGGUGACCGUGCAGCCGAUGCGGCGCUACGCCGGGCUGCUGGACGCAGCCAUUAUUUUCUCGGACAUCCUGGUGAUCCCGCAGGCAAUGGGGCUGGAGGUGCAGAUGGUUCCGGGCAAGGGCCCGCACCUCCCGGAUCCUCUGCGGACCCCUGCCGAUAUGGCGCGCCUGGUGGACGCGCGGCCCGGAUACUCGGUCGAUCGCGAGCUGGACUACGUGUACAAGGCCAUUACAAACACCCGCCAUGCGCUGCAGGGCCAAGUGCCGCUGCUCGGGUUCAUCGGCGCCCCAUGGACGCUGAUGGCGUAUAUGGUUGAGGGCGGCGGCUCAAAGACCUUUGCGCUGGCCAAGGCGUGGCUGUUCAGCCACCGCCAGGCCGCACACGAGCUGCUCUCGCGCAUUGCCAAUGUUGCCGCCGAAUUCCUUAUUGGCCAGGUGCGUGCGGGCGCCCAGGCUGUGCAGGUGUUUGAGUCGUGGGCCGGAGAGCUCGGCCCGGCGGACUUCGCCGAGUUCUCGCUGCCCUACCUUGCCAAGAUUGCCGCACGCGUCAAGAGCCAGUGCCCAGGUGUGCCUAUGACGGUGUUUGCCAAGGGCGCGCACUAUGCGCUGGAGCAGCUGGCCACAGAGACCGUGUACGACGUCAUCUCGCUCGACUGGACCGUUGAUCCUGUGGCGGCUCGCCAGCGUGUCGAUGCGGCGCUGCAGAGCGCCGGCCAGCAGGGCCGCACUGUGGUUCUGCAGGGCAACCUCGAUCCGACUGUUCUGUUCGGCGACGCCGAGACUAUCCGCCAGCGCACCGCGGAGAUGUGCCGCGCGUUCGGGCCCGCUGGCCACAUCGCCAAUCUUGGCCACGGCAUGAUGCCUGGCCACAGCCCCGAGCACCUGCGUGUGUUCCUGGAGGCUGUCCAUGAGUCGAGCAGCGCGCUUCGCCAGUAG